AAGUAAAAAGGUUUGAUGAAAAGUGCACUAUAAUUCUUAGAACACUAACCUCAGCACAAAUCGAAGCAGUUCAAGAAAUGAUAAAUGAAAAUUUCAGUGAUGGUCUUAAUGCUGAGCAAGUUCCUAAAGCCCUGAAGCUUACAUUGGAACUAGUAGAAGAUAUGAUGAAAGAUAAAAGCGAAGCUGAAGAAAUUGAUAAAGAAAUCCUUGAACAGCCUAUAAAAUCCACUGAACAACCAACAGCAGAUAUGAAAAACAUCCAAAGCACCAAAGCGAAUGAAGAAGCCUCCAAGUUGGACAAUAAACCUAAUUAUAUAAAGGGAGCUCUAAGCUUGAUUAACUGUUAUAUUGAAGAACCUGGAAAUGUCAAUAAUGAUGAUGGCAAUGAAACUUGGUAUUUUUGCAAUAAUGAGAUCCCUGAAGAGUGA